UCGUUUCGAGCUCGACUUUUUCCCGCUGGCCGAGUGCACAACAACAAGAAGCUGGAGCUGGAGCUGUGGCUGAAGCUGAAGCUGAAGCCCAGGAAGAAGCAGUAGUAGGAGCAGGAGAAAGCGGAGAAAGGAGAAAAAGAGAGAGAGAGAGAGAGCCGAGAGGACCCAGCAGCCAGAGGAGUGAAAUUCGAGGAGGGGCGCAAAGGGAGUGGGUGUACGAGUGCCAUAAAGUGGAAAUACGAAACGCCUUGAGCGGCGGCAGCGACGUCGACUGCGGCAGCGACUGCGACGCCGGCAGAGGGACCCGCGUCAGGCGGCCAAGCAAAAGGCAGACAAACAGUCAAAUCCUGCUGAGACGACACGACGAGUCCUUGCUCGUCGGUUCAAACGUGCGGAACACUCUUGGAGCCAGUCGAACCAAAAAACAAGACACAAGAACACUAGAAGCCAAGCUAGUCCACAAAACACCACUCACACACCACUACACACUUGCCCCCCAAAAAUAAAAAAAAACAACAAGGGAAAGUUUUCACUUCAAAAAUUAUAAUUAAAAACAAAUACCAAAUUUAAUAACCAAGUCACCAAGUCGAAACAAUAUGUUGAAGAUAUAUAUCCUCAUCCAAGUGCAGUGACUCGUGUGCAAAAGUUAUCCAACCACAACUCCCCCAAAAAAGCAAAGAAAUCAGUUCCAGUUAAUUGUUCUCCCUCAGUUGAUGGCUAACACUGUGAAUUUUAAUUAAUAUACAACAAAAAACGUAGUUUAUAUGAAAAAGCAAAACGAAAACUAAGUGCCGCAAGCUGAGAGCGCUAAACACGAAAAAGUGCUAAAAGUUCCUUAAACAAAUAUAAAUAACAAAACGAAAAAAAAAAACAAAACAAAAGCAAAACAAAUUAUUGUUACAACUACUUAUAAAAAUAUACAAAUUAUACAUCAAUUUUCUUUGCAUUUUAAACAAAAAGUGUUAAAAAAACGUUACAAAAAGUGAACAGCUCAAAACGAGAAAAAGGGGAAAACCAAAGUGCCGCGGAAAAAUAACUCUUAAGCCUACGAGAAAAUACAAAGCCGAAAAAAAAACUGUCCAGUGUAGAAAAGUACGAUAAAAAUCAAAUCAAAAUUCGAAUAGUGCCGACGGAAGACAGCAACUAGUUGUUAGCAGGUUUAGCCCUCAGAACUAACGAGGGCGGGUCGUCAGAGGCCAAGCAGGUUCAAGCGGCCACAUACCCACAUAUACCUAUACCAACUCCAAACUCUCGAGCCCCGAAACCCAAACUCCACGGCCAGCGUAGACAAUUGAUUAUUGAUUUUGUCUAAGGCAGCAGGAACUUCACAGCUUAACGCAAAACAAAACUUGGCAGCAGGGCAACAAAGGGCGACGAAAGGCGAGAAAAACAACGAAGAAGAAGACCAGAGGGAAAAAAACCAACACACACACACACGGAGAAACCGGAAAACUCGGAUCGGAAAACUCCAGUGUUGAGGCCAGUGUUGUGCAAUGCCAGGCUUAGGCCGGCACAGUGUUGGUCAGCGGAGUGGGGCCUGAAGACCCACAAAAGCUGAGUGCGAAAAGAGCGGUCUAAACUUAGUGACUAAGAAACAAUUUAGAGGAAAACCCCCCUCAAGACCACCUGCCAUUCUAUCUCCCCCCCCUUGCAAACCCACCCCCACUGUAAUUUCCCCUUUGGUCAACACCCCCGCCAUCCCCCCCAAAGAACCGCCAAAAUAAGCCGUCUAAUCGAGAAGCUGCGACAGACCAACAAACGGAAAAUGUUCUGCUCGCUGGCCCAGACGCUCUUCUGCGUCCUGCUCAUCCAGGGCGGCCUCUAUGCCCUCCACCUGAGCGGCAACGGGGACAAGUCCCUGGGCGAGGGCAAGGCCAUCCAGGCGGUGCCCAGCCAGGCGUUGGGCCCCUCCGUCGGAGGAGCCUCCUCCUCCUCCUCCGCCUGGCAGACGGCUCCGUCGCAGCAGCAGCAGCACCAACAGCAUCCCGGUGGAUCUCCGCCGGGCGGUGGCUCCUCGCAUGGCCAUCCCAGGUCAGCGGCGGCGGCCGCCUUCGAUGCCACCACCGUGCGGCUGAACAAGGAGAUCGCCGACAUGGCCCAGUUGGAGCGGGAAAGGCUGAUGCUCCUGGCCCGAGCCAAGCAGACGGCGGAGCAGCCGGCGGGUAAUGGCCAUGGACGUGGUCACCCCUUCAUCGCCGGCCGGAUACAGAUGCAGCCCAGCGAGGAGCUGGACGUCGGCGACUACCCCGCCCUGCUGCAGCAGGCCGCCCGCGGCUACAUCUUCGGCAAUGUCCAAAAGCAGCCGCCCACUCCGAUCAGCCUGGAGCAGGACUACGAGCAGCUGCGAGAGCUAGAGAACAGGCCCGUCAAGUACUACGGCCGGGUGGUGCAGCCAGCGGAGCGGGAGGAACAGGCGGAGGCGCUCUACGAGCCACUGCACUCCUUCGGUGACUUCGAUGACUUCUCGGAACUGGAGCAGGAGUCGGAGCAGGAGCCGCACUUGGGCAGCGAGGACGAGCUGCUCAGGGAGCUGGAUGCCUACCAGUAUCACGGGCUGGAGGAGGAGCCGCUGCCGGAGAAUCCCUACCGCACGCUGGAGCAGCUGGAGCUGGCCGCACCCGAUUCCCUGCAACAGCUUUUCGAGCAGGAGCAGGAGCAGCGAGAUGCCCCCUCGAAGGGCAUGCACACGGGCAAAGGGCACAAUCCGGGAAACUACAACAUAAGGGUGCAGCAAAAGUGGGCCCGGAAACGAAACAAUGGCCAAGGAAUCGCCCAUAAUCCCGAGGCGGAGAAGCAGCUGCAGCGCCAGAUCUUUGCCCAGCACUUCAAGCCGCAGCGAAAUGGCAAGCUAUUGGAGCCCGCGGCCAGCAAGCAUCUAAAGACCUCCAGUCGAUCCGGCUCGAAGGACCCCGAAAAGGCCAAUAACGAGCUGGGAGCUAGUGCAUCCGCCGCUGGCGCAAAUAAGCAGACAACAGGCGAUGGACUAGCCAAACAGCAGACGGAACAGCAGUCACAAGACAAAAAGGAUCCGGGCCACAAAAGAUCAGGAUCUGGAUCCGUGGGAUCGCCAGGAAGCGGCUACUUACCGCAGCCACCUGUGUCCCACAGCAUAGCCAGCCAGCUGAUGCUGCGCACCGCCCGCGGUCAACGGCAGUACGAUGUGCCACAAAUCGAGUGUCCAACCGCCAUGGAUGGCAUGGAGCGGUUUGCCUGCCCGAUUCCCGACCGGCAGGGCCGAUACCGCUGCAUAGACGAUCAUGUGCUGUGCGAUGGCUUCAUCGAUUGUCCCGACGGCGAGGACGAGGACCGGAGAUCCUGCAUGUUCUACAAGACGACGAAGGCUCACUUGGAUGUGUUAGCGGAUGCGUUACUGCGCUGGGCGCGAGGGCGUUAAGCUCUGUCCACCCACCAACCACACAUUGAUACACACUCUCUCUAAACACACACACACACGCCCCAAACAAAUACAACUAGAGAACUCUCUUUAAACAUUAUUGACAAAAAAUUAGUUUUAGCGUGUCCCAAGUAAAGCAAAAAAAAAACCCUAUUAAGUUUAAACGUUACUCAAAAAGAACUAACACAUAAACCCACACACACACACACAUAGACAAGCCAACCACCCGCCUGUCCUUUGACGAGAGAUUUAAAAUUCGCAAGAAAUUCCCCAGAAAAACAGAAACCUAUACAAAAAGAAUAUAAAAAUGCAGCUUGCAAAAAGCUGAAUGGAUUGCCAAGUAAGAGAACAGAAAGCUAUGAUUAAAAACAAAAUGAGGCAGCAAUUAUGCUUAAUGAGAAGGUAUGAUUAUUAUUACACUAUUAUUAUUAAACAUUAACUUAAUGAAAGCCCAAGAAAAAAACGCAGUUAUACAUACUAAAGCUAAAUUAUAAUUCAAAACAAAAAAAAAAAAGGACAACAAAAAUAAGACAAAAUCGAAGCUGUUUUUUUUUUGUUUCGUUCAUUUGAAAUUUGUUUCGCAGGAACAGAGAAGAUAAUGAGGAAAAACAAAAUUGGGCCUAACUAUUUUUAGUAUACAUUAAAUAAAUAUAUUAUAAAUAUAUCUUACUA